AUUGUGCCCACUGUAAACAUGGCGGCUCGAAUGCAUCAAAAGUGGCUGUACGAUCGCGCUUUAGGCUUUAUCAAAACGCGAAAUUAUUCCUCAAGUUGUGGGAUGAUUUCGUAUAAGAACUGUAGAGACUCAGGAACUCUUUGGUCAGGUAAAUUUCCGCACAGAUCGCACAACAUUACCUGCCCUAAAAUGCCCUCUGUGCGACUGUGCUGUAAUAUGACAGUUAAAUAUUAACUAUAUUAAUAACAUAUAAAUAUUAACUAUGUUUUAUAUAGUGUGCAAUUUUGUGAAAUCCCUUAGUAGGGAUGUUUUUAACUGUAAGCCUAGUGACAUUACUGACAUAGUUUAUGGACAACAGAUAAUCUAACUCCAGCCCCCCUCCCCCCCCUGGAAAGCCCCACCCCUGCCCGGAAAGUACAAUCUGCUAGGCCCACAUAUUGUUGAGUAGUAUGAUAGAUGAGCAUGUUAGCGACAAUGGUAAAGGCUUGUUUCCAAUCAGCUCUCAACUGUUGGAACUCUGUCAAAGUAACCAAUAUAUUUGCCAAGGCAAAUUACAUGUAUGUAGCCACAUGGAGACCGGGCUUAAAUUAUAAUUCACCCUGUACCUAUCUUUGUUACCCUAUCUAAUGGAAGACAAUUAUAUUCAAAGGGAAAGCAUUGGAUGUUAAAAGGUAAUAUCAUAAUUUUGUCACAGGGCCAAGUACUUCAUCAAGAUCACUCACCUCUGCUGCAGUGGCUACAAACACACCAGCGUCACUAAACUAUGACGUACCUCGAAUACAAGUUGCUGUGUGUCUCCAAAGAUUACCGAUAAUAACUUGUGAAAAAACAGAUCUAGAAAAACUUUAUGCAGAACUGCAAGAGCAGCUCGAGUUUGAACACAGUUCGUUGUCAGAUUACGAAGUGUAUAAAAUUAAAAUGAAAAAUUUGCGGGAGAAGUUAAAAAUUGAUGAAGAUAAUGAGUCUUUGAAAAAAGAAGUUGCAACGUUAGAUUCAGAAUAUCAGGUGCUACGAUGAAGGAUUAUUGUUUGAGCCACGUUCUUCCCAAUUCUGCUCUCAGCUUCCUUCUUUUACCUUGUCCUUCUUCUGUCUAUCACUCUUCUGUCUCCACACUGGGCAAACUAACACAUUGCUUGGCCAUGAUGGGAAUUGAACCAGUCACCCUUGGUUUGCUAGGUUCAAUUCCCACCUCAGUCAAGCAAUUUUUCAGCUUGCCCAUAGUAGAGAUCAUAGUAACAUCAGCAAAAAAGUUAAACACCCAAGUCCAAGACCACAACCAGUACAUGUACAUAAUUGUUUUAGGAACUGCAAGAUAUAGAGCAACAACAUAUAAAAGAUGCUGUCUUGGGCAGUCCUAGAACAGAUGCGGAUGACACAGGCAACAAACAUUCCCCAAAUAGACAACUAGACAUACCAUUGUUUCUUUUGAUGCAAAACAAGGAGGAUGCUACAAAAUGGCAGUUGCCACAAGGUCCAGUAGAACCAGAGGAAACACUAAGACAGGUGAAGAAUUGGUCUUCUUCAACAAGUGAAUUGUUUUUUGUUCAUGAAUUUUGCUCACAUUUUAUGUAUGUAUAUGUAGGAUAAACAAACGUUUUCUUGACGUGUGUGUCUUCCUAACCUUUUCUUUUAGGCAGCAGAGAGGAUGAUAAGCAAUCAUGUUCAUGGUGAACUAAGUGUACAGUUUAUGAGUAACUCGCCUUCAGGAGUUUAUAGAAGACCUGAGAGAGAUGGACUGCCGACAGACACUCCAAAGGUGUGCUAUGGUCGACUGCACUAAUUGAAGUGUAGUUUAGUUCAGUUUACAGGGACAGACCAUUUCAGGAGAGGCCAGAUGAGGCAAAUUUUGAAAUCUUGAAAAUUUCACAUUUCGUAUUCCACAUCAAGUUUUGAAAAACAAAUACUCAUUCUGUUGAGCAGUAAAGAAAAAGUUCCAUAUUCCACAAAAAAGUAAAAUAAUUUCCCAUUCCAAAAUUCCGCCUCAUCAUGCUCCGAACAAAUCAAACUUUGCCAAAAAAUUAUUAGCUUGAAAGAAGGUUUAAUACCCUCUGUCUUGCAACACUGACAUCCAGUGUCGUUCAUAUGACCCUGGUGAGAAGACAGCACGUGUUUUAUGCAAGAUUUUCAAUUUUCUUUCAGAUUUUCUUCUACCAAGCCAACGUCCAGGGAGCAAUACACAGAUAUCCAGAUGAUGCCUGGACCCACUCAAUCUGGGCUUCGAAAGAUGAACUUGAAAAUUAUUUACCUAAAAACUAUUUUCAAAGCGUUUUGAAAUUUUUGUUAUAACACUUACGCAUAAUCCAUAUUAUUGAAAACAUUGUUAGUAAAUUUUCAUUUUAUUAUUUCUGAUGUCCUGUAAUUCACCACAUUUUUUUCACAAUGUCUAUGGCUCCAAAAUGACCGCAUGUUUUUUCGCGCCGGCUUUAAUUGCCAAUAUACCCUUCCGGAAAAUGCUCGAUCUUGGCUGUAUAAAGCAUCGUCUUCGUGAUUGAGAUAUUUGAUGACGCAUUUACGAAACCAUGUAGUUCUAUCAGCUAAGUAGCUAAUUCAUAUAACUUCGAACGGUCAACGGUCUGACGAAAACGUCAAUCGUAUAAGGUCUUUGACGUCUUAAUCACGAAACGGGGCUCUAUAUGGCCACGGCUAAAUACUUUCCGGAAAGAGUGUAUUAAUUGCAACAUAUAACAUACAAACGAUGUCCUGUGGGAAGAAUAGUAUAAAACAGAUAGAGCUAUAUCCAAUAUAACCAGAAAUGGCUUAAAUAAUUUGGCCUACUUCCAAUGAAUUUUUGCAAAAUCUACUGAACAUUUCCCACUGGUAUUGAUGAAAACACAAAUUCGCUAAAUACUCUAAUACAAAUAUUUACAACUUUACGAAUGAGUAUGUUCACUGUUCCCCACACAAAAUUUCGUUUAGGACCCACGAUUUAUAUUGCCCCAGGACUUGUUUGUUCUAUUUAUAUCGACUUUAUCUCAAGAUUAACCAAAGAUUGACAGGACCUUAGGUUCACCUAUUGGUAUAUCUUACGUUACAUAUGGAUACAAAGAUACCCUGAAUGGAUACAAGGAUACAUAUAUGAUCUUGUAGGAAAUUCAAUGCGUUGAUUUCAACUUCUUAAUUUCUUCUUUUAAUCGUUCAUUCUCUGCGACCAAGGCAUCGUUUAAUGAAUAUUGUUCGAGAAGUGCUUUCAUUUCAUUCUG